AUGAAAAGUUUCUUAGCACGAUCGUUGUGUUCUUCCAUAAAACAAGCACAGCAGAUCAAUUGUAGACGAUUGAAAUGGACUGGACGAGAAUCGUUACGUGACAUCGACCCGGAAAUGUAUGGAUUGAUUCAAAAAGAGAAAAAACGACAAAUCCAAGGUUUAGAAAUGAUAGCAUCGGAGAAUUUCACAUCUCGUGGCGUCCUCGAAGCGCUCGGAUCAUGUUUGACAAAUAAAUAUUCUGAGGGUUAUCCAGGUGUACGCUACUAUGGUGGGAAUGAAUAUAUCGAUGAAAUUGAAAGUUUAACACAAAAACGUGCGCUUCAAGCAUUUGAUUUGAAUCCUGAAGAGUGGGGCGUGAAUGUUCAAUCACUAUCUGGUGCACCAGCUAAUUUCGCUGUUUACACCGCACUUCUCGAACCACACGGACGUUUGAUGGGCUUAGAUCUACCUGAUGGUGGUCACUUAAGUCAUGGCUAUGCAACAUUAACAAAGAAAAUAUCUGCCACUAGUGCCUUCUUCGAAACAAUGCCCUAUAAAGUCGAUCCUAAAACCGGCCUUAUCGAUUACGACCUUUUAGCUAGAACAUCGAAAUUGUUUCGUCCAAAACUGAUCGUAGCAGGCAUUUCAUGCUACUCUCGAAAUUUGGAAUACGAUAAAUUUCGUUCGAUCUGUGAUGAUGUUGGUGCUAUACUUCUAGCCGAUAUGGCUCAUGUUAGUGGCCUUGUUGCUGCAAAGGUCGUAGCGAAUCCAUUUGAACAUUCUGAUGUUGUGACAACCACAACACAUAAAAGUUUACGUGGACCACGCGCAGCAUUGAUUUUCUUCCGACGUGGCAUCAAAAAGAAGCAGCCAACGAAAAAAGGUGGAAAAGAUGAUCAUGUGGAAACGUAUGACUACGAAAGACGAAUCAAUGAAGCGAUCUUUCCCGGAUUACAAGGUGGACCACAUAACAAUACGAUUGCAGCGAUUGGCAUUGCUCUGAAGGAAGCUUCUUCGAAUGAGUUCAAGUCAUAUGCUAAACAAAUUGUUAAUAACGCCAAGCAAUUAGUGAAAUCACUUCAAGACAAAGGCUAUGUGUUUGUGUCCGGUGGUACAGAUACACAUCUAGCGUUACUUGACUUACGCCCCCUUGGACUUGAUGGUGCUAAAACUGAAAAAGUGCUCGAAGCUGUCUCGGUUGCUGUGAAUAAGAAUACAUGUCCCGGCGACAAGUCUGCACUCAAGCCAUCGGGUAUUCGUUUAGGCACACCUGCAUUGACAACCCGUGGCUUUCGAGAGAAAGAUAUUGUUGAAGUAGCGAACUAUGUCGAUCAAGCAAUCAAAUUAGCUGUUGAAAUAAACAAAUCGAAUGAUAACAAGAAAUCCUCGCCAGUAACAUUGAAAGAUUUCAAAGAGAAUAUGAAACGUAGUGAACAUGCAAAGAGUAUUCAAAACUUAAAACAAGCAAUUGAAUCAUUUGCCGAAAAGUAUUCCAUGCCUGGUUAUGAUGAAAUUUAA